AUGUCUAAGAGGAUUAAUAUUUCAAGUGCUCAACUCAAGGUCUUGAAGUUAUCAUACUGCUCUAACUUGGAGGAGCUUAACAUUGAUGCUCGAAAUUUAUUAUCAUUUGCGUAUGAGGGUGUGGGAAACAACCAACCUGGUAUAUCUUUUCAGAAAAGUUCUAAUCAAUUGGAAGUCAAUUGUCUUUUUACGGUUGUGGAUUUUCGGGACCUUUGUAGCUUGAGGAAAUUUGUCGAAAACAUUAAACCCCAAAAGAUUUGGGCAUCAGUCUCCCUCUUUAUCUGUUGGCCAGUUCUAAUUAAACCAAAGCAGGGUGCAUUGCAAGUUUCAUCUAUUCCUCCAACUAUAAAACGCUUGGAAUUAGAGUUUUCUCCGGAAAAUGAACCUUACUAUUUCCCUUUUAUGAAUUACUUGCUUUCAAGUUGCUGCCCGAAUUCUAUUUCAUUGAGUUUUCGCUAUUAUGUUCAUAGUAAAGCAUUCAUUGAGUUUUUGUAUGAGAUACUGAUGGGAAGAAAGGAAGAGAAGUGCCACUGCAGUUCAAGUAAUACAAAAUGUUGGUGGCAUGCCUUGAAGAUUGUCAAGGUUAUUUGUUCGUUCAAGGUUGAUGAGAACGCUGACUUUAAGACCAUGUUAGAUGCAUUGCCAACAUGUUAUGCUGAUGAAAAUAUUGGUUUUAUCUUAGAAUUGUAA